UCGCUUUAUACUAUACGUUUUCCAAUCUCCAUAUAAUUGAUCAAUGUAGAAAUCGUUUUGCGUAGUUUAUAUUGUUGAAAAGAAAUCUAAUUUUCAAUGUGGCUAUAAAUGUUGACUUGUUAUGUACUCGUCAUAAGUGAAAGUUACGUGAGGUAACUAGUUAUUAACAUUUUGCACAUUUUUUGUCCAGCGUGCAACAAUGGCUUGCGUGCAGAAUCCUUCAGUCCAGGCGGACUCUGAGAGGGAGGAAGGAGAGAUAGUGGAUGAAUUAGAUGAGCUUUCGGACAUAUCAUCGGAGGAAGAGUUUCUCCUUCGACAGAGGUUGCAUAUGCUUGAGAAGUACAACAAUGUCCUUGAGCGUAAGAAUGCGAAGCGCACAAGCGUCACAGGGCCUGGUAAAAAAUGUAAGGACAAUGAUGCAUUUUUAUGUGAUCUCUCUGAGAUAUCGGCCACAGAAUUGGAAGAACCUUAUGUAGUUGCUAAAGAUAACAAGGAACAAAAACAUUUAAAAUCAUAUCAUAAACCAAAACGAAGAAAAGAUCCACUACCUGAUAAUAAUUUAGCUAAACGGGUGUACAGAAAAAAAUCUAACAAAACUAAGAAAAGGGCAACAGUUUUAUCUGAAUCAAGUGAUGAAUCUGAUGAUGAGUAUAGAAAUAAAAGGCGAAAGUUAGCUGUAGCUGUCAAUAAGGGUAAUGUCGAUAAAUCAACCCUGAAAGCAAGACUGGAAAAAAUGCUUUGUGGUACACAAAACCCGGAACAUGAUAGAUUCUUUCCGAAUUUACAAUCUGAAACUCAUAUUGUGUCCAUUAAUAACGAGAUUUCGAUAGAAAAAGUAAAUACCUUAGAUGCUUCAAAUGAAGUCAAUAAAGAUUCUACCAAUCAACAAGUAUAUGAAUCUGUAGACUUAUGUUCUGACAUAGAUACUAAAGAUAGUGGAAAUAAUGGCAGCACUAUAAGUGUACAAUCAAGCACUGAAAAUUAUGGUAGUAUUAUAAGUGUACCUUCAGAAAUCCAUUCCGCCUUAGAAUUAGCCCAAGAGACUGUUCAAGUAAAAAAUAUAACCAUAAACGAAACUCAAAAUACCAGAGAUUCAGACGAAGAUUUAGAAUUAUUAAGAGAACACGCUCUAAAAACAAAGGCUGUCAAGAACAACAGUCAAAAGAUUGAAGUAGAGAAACAAAAUAUACAGCAGACCGAUGUCAUUGACGAAAAAGAUGCUUUGCUGCUGUCAGGAGAUGAAGAUAGUGAUACGGCAGAACUUCGGUUGAUAUGUCUAAAAUCUGCUUUAUUGAAAAAAGCCUUUGAAAGGAAACAAAAACAAAAGUUAAAGAAACGACUGUCCCAGUCUAUGAAUUUAGAUGAUGAACUUAUGAGAGAUCAGAUUGAGUAUAUGAAUCAAAUGUUGUCAGAUAAUAAUACUGAUAUAGAAUCGGUCGAUAUGGAUAUUGGUUCUGACGGUGACGAGAAAAGUAAAGAUUCUCUCAUUGAAUCUUUAAAACCUACGAAUAUAGAAUAUGAAAAAGUAAUUGCGGUGGAAAGUACUGAACAGAAUGGAAUAACGGAACUAAUCAAUCCUAAGGAGGAUGAAUUUGAGGAGGAUGAAGAUCUCCUUCGUGCCAAAUUAUUAACUUCAUUAAGUAAAAACUUGCCUAAUCUUAUUCACCCUAAUGAUAUGAGUAAUAUCACAAAUAGUGAUUUCCCAAAGAAAGAUAGCGAGACUGAAAAACAGGUCAAUAAUAUACCAGAGGAGAAAAGAUUUAUAAUUAGCAUUGGAAAUUCUGAUUCGGAGGGCGAACAUGAGGCAACUAAAAAUUUAACAAAGAUGCAUAUGAAAUUGUCGGAACAAGCAGACUUCCAGCAAAAACUAGACAUGUUUUUAAAAUCUACCCGUAUGGAGGUAGAAAAGAGUGUUCUUCCUGAUGUUGUCCAACAGCCUAUCGUGCCGCCUGUGCCAAAAACGAAGGAAAAAUUCGUUCCAAAGACUGUAAACCAUCUGCCAAAAUCGGAACAAAUCGAGUAUAAGAAUUUGGUAAAAAGAAUGGCUGAGUUGGAAAAGAUUAAAAAUGCAAGACAAUCGUCGAUAAUGGUAAAUAAAGAAACGAAGCCAAUGGAAACACUAAAACCUCGUAAUUUUGGCACUAGAGAACAACUUAAGACAAGUAAAGAUUUAGAAGAACAAAUAGCAUUAUCAAGAAAAACUAUAGCAGAAGAGUCAGCCAAAGUGCUUAAACUGAAGGAAGAGGCAACGAAAUUAUCACACAAGUAUAAAAUUGUAUCAACUGAACUUCGAAAUAUAGCAACUGCCAUAACUUUAAAUAAAAAGCAACAAAAGGUUGCUCAGAUUAAGUUGUCUAAAAUAAGAUCUCAACAUCAGCUGCUGAUAAACAGCUCAGCUACUUCCAAACAUUCCAUACCAAACGGUAAUAUAGCUCCAAAAGUUCAUGGCCCACAAAAACUAUCAGUAACCACUAAAAGACCUCAGAAAGAAAAUGCCCCAGUUGAGGAAGUAAAAACUGUACAAUUAUAUAAUCCAUCAACACAUAGUGACCUACAGUCAGUUAAAGUGAGUGUAGUAAAUGAUAGAAUGGAAGAACCAAACCCUAGAUUAUCAGUUCAGAUAGAUGUUGCUAAUAAUAAAAAGACAGUAAAAUUGCCUAAAGACCCAGUUAAGAAUACAUUUAUAGAAAACUGUGUGGAAUCUAAAAUAAACGAUGGAAACAUCGAUGUCAAUGUAGAACUCGUUGACAGAGGCAAGAAAGAUGUAAAAGAACUGAGUGACAGUAAUUGGGGAAGUAAGAAUAAACUGAUAGAUGAUGAUUAUAAGUCACCGCUCCAAGCUUUAGGCUCUGCAAACUGGGACCCCAACGCUGUGCUCUGCCGUUUCGAGAUUGGGGGCAAUUGCAAAGACCCUGAUUGCAAAUAUCUACACCCAAAAAUACAGGAACAAUGACACUUUACACAUACACAUUGCUGCCACACACUGCCAUACUAUACAUACAUUUACAUACACUUGUUGAUAUUUCUCCUGCUGGACUCUACAGACAAUGUGUAAAGUAUAUGACUUGGUGUUGCCGGCUGACGUCUUCCUACAGUGGUAAGUUCCGGUAAAUACUAGUCAUAGUGAAUAAUAGUAGUGGUCUCUCGGACUAUGCCCGUAACUAUCGGAUCUCGCAACGUUGGUAAAAUGUAUGUUCUAGUUAAGUUUUAUUAUAAAUAUUUUUAAAAUACAUACAAUAUUGUACAAUUUGAAAAGUAUAAUAAAUUAUUAUUUUGUA